AGUAAACUAUAAUUUCUGUAGUCUGUCACAUUAUAAAUUUGUGUACUUGUCAAAUAAAACACAAAAUUCGUUAAAGUUUUUACCACAAACAUGGAUGAAAUUGAAUCAGAGGGCAAUGUGAGUGCAGCCAGUGCUGAGGGGUCACCGGAGGCUCCCAGGAAUAUGGAGCGUGUGGUCAAGAGUAUUUGCAGACGCCUCAAGGUGACCGCCUACGAUGUGGAACGUGUGCUACGGGCCAAGGAGCUGCUCUCGUGGCUGCAGCGACGCAAAGCGUUUAUUAAUCUGUUUGGGCUGGACGACGAUGAUGUGGUGCAGGGAAAUCCCGAGGAUUUUGCGAGAUUGACAUCGAUUCAUAGUCUGAAGAUCUUGUCGCGCUUCUCUCCGAUGUGUUCGGUGAGUGAGGAUUUGACGAAUGAGGAUAUAAGCGAGGACAUGUGUCAGCUACCAUUCGAAGAAGAACGUUGGGGCAAUUUCUUUACGGGCUUUCAGAUAUUGGACUCAACUGGCGUCAUGACCAUGAACGAGAAUCGCAAAUGCAUUGAACUGACCACCGUACGAAGCCAAGAGGACUUUCAUACGUAUCUGCUCUCUGGCAUCCGCUGUUUUCUGCUGGAUUUGUUCAUUGGACCACUGCAAGAGAAUCAGGAUCUGAUUGUGCAGCUGCGUGAGGCAGAGAUCGCUGUGUCCAAGGAGUACGGCUUCCCGGUGGUGUCCACCAUCUUUGCCAAGUUGUCGCCACGAUAUCAAUAUACCGGCUAUCUGAGUCCUCGGAUGACCGCGCCGGUCGAGAUGAAAAAGGGCUUCAAAGUGAUGCUGACCACGGAUCGCAGUUACUCGCGCAUGUGCACAUCGCAAGUGAUCUAUGUGAAUGCCCGCUUCCUGCUCUUCGAUUUAAAGGAGUUCGAUAUCAUACUCCUGGGCGAUGAUAUACAGCUGAUGGUGCGAUCGGUGCGUCUGGAGCAUGUCUAUUGUUGUGUCUGUCGACCGGGCAUAUUGCAAUCCUUCAUGCCCGUGCUGUUUCCAGCGCGUUGCAGUCGCUUUCGUGUCUCCUACGAGGAGAUCGAGGACUUGACCUUCGCUCGUGAGGUGGGCAUCAAUGUGGUUGUCUCCUACAUCUCGGGCAGCGUCGCCUACGUCGAUGAUAUGGAGAAGGUGAUGUCGUCGCUGCAGUGUGAUGGUCUGCGUCUUUAUACGCGCGUUGUGCUCAAUGAGAUGAAGGGCUGCGAUGGUGAGCUCAAUUGGAUUGCCGAGCGUUACGAUGGCUUCAUUGUGGAGCUGGCCAAUCCCGAGAACAUUCCGGAUAUUUUACGUUUGUGCCCCAAUGCCGAAUGCUUUAUGCAGCAGGCGUAUGCGGCCAAGAAGCCCAUUCUGCUGGAUGCAUGGACAAUUAAUGAGGAGAAUCUGCGAGUGGAUCCAUCUCAUUACUAUUAUGCCUUCUACUAUCCGGACAAAUAUGUAUUCAAAUCGGACAACAAUGGACAUUCCUUUUACUUUAGUUUUCUGCAAAGUGCCAUCUUCGAUCACAUUGCAGUCGCGGCGCUCUCCAAGAUGCCGCAUUGCGAUGCCUCGCACACGGGAGCCGAUGGACUUGCUCGGGCAAUUGUAGCUGCAUCCAUGGAGGUGCAAGCCAAGGUCAUUGUCGUCUGCGGUGUCACCACACGCAUGGUUCAGAAGAUCUCGCAUUUUCGGCCACAAGCUUCGAUUUUGUUUGUCAGCCACAUGCGCUCGGCGGAAGAUUAUGUGUCUCUGUAUCAUAACGUGACAAUGCUUUCGUUUCGCACCAAAUCCUUUCGGGAUCAUCGUCGGAACAUAUUCCGCAAAGCUGUGUUUGGUUUGGCCUAUUUGGCCUCACGACAGAUUGCCAAACAUGGAGAGCACAUCGUAUUGGUUUACAAUUCUGACACGGGCACAACGUUUCCAGAGAAGUAUUUGAUUUACAAGUUUGACAAAUUGCAUUUCGUGGAACAUUUGUCCGCUUCCCUUUUUCCGACGGCUCAAAACUUUUUGAUUAAACCAGGUGAACUUAAAGUUAAACAGUUAAAUCACGAAACUCAGUCAAAUUUCUCUGGUAAAAUGUAAUGAAUGUGAAUUUUGGUUUUUAAAGAAAAGUAUGUUAAACGUGUGUAAGAAAAUUCGUUAAGACGUUAAGGUCCUAAAUUAUUUUAAUUAAAAGAAUAAA